AUGCAGUGCUUGAAGAAAUUUAUUUAUGUUGUACAAAAUAAGUCUCGAUAUUAUAAUAGAAUAAACCCAAUAUUUAGAAAAAGAGAAUGUGCUGUAUUAAAGUUUGUUCAUCGAUUUCAACAUGAUUCUAAUGUAGAAUUAGAAGGAUAUGGAGAAGAUGAAGAAGAGAAAGAUAUUUACAAGAAUAUGUCGCAAGAAUAUUUAGGGAUAGCUAGUGGUGGACAUAAAGUGUUUAUUAUACAGCCAUAUAUAAAGUGGGGUCGUGACAAGAAAACAAACACUACACCUACAUUACAAUUGGAGGAGGCAGUAGCACUUAUUAAAACGUUACCCAAUUGGUCUAUAGCCGAGACAAGACUUGUACCUCUGCUAAGUUUGAAGAAGAAACAAUUAGUUGGUUCUGGAACUCUUGAAACUUUGAAAAGGGAUAUUCACCGUGUAAAUGCCACAGCAAUGUUUGUUAGUACAAAUUUACUGAAGUUUGUACAAAUGGCUGAAUUACAGGCAGCCUUUUGGGUACCAGUUUAUGAUCGCUAUUCUAUAGUUAUCCAUAUUUUUCGUGAACACGCAAAGACUCCAGAAGCAAAAUUGCAAGUGGCUCUAGCUGAAAUACCAUAUAUAAAGAAGAAAAUGAUGGAGUUAACUACUAAUCAUGGUGGACGGAUAAAUAUAACUGAAAGAUGUAAAUUAAUGCUUGAAAGAAGAGAAAAAAGGAUACGAAAUACCCUUCAGAAGUUAAGAGAACAUAGAAAACUGAUAAAAAAUCAAAGAGAAAAAUAUGGCUUUCCAAGUAUUGCUGUAGUUGGUUAUACAAAUGCUGGAAAAACAUGUUUGAUAAAAGCAUUAACAGGAGACGCAUCAAUGCAACCGGAAAAUAAAUUAUUCGCUACUUUAGACACAACAGUUCAUCAAGGAUUUCUUUUCAAUACUUUAAAAGUAUUAUAUGUCGAUACUAUUGGGUUUAUUCAAGAUGUACCAGACACUUUAAUAGAACCAUUUAAAGUAACUUUAGAAGAUGCUAUAAAUGCAGAUAUUAUAAUUCAUGUGUUUGACAUAAGUCACCCUGAUGUCAAAGCACAAGUUCAACACAUUCAGGAAACAAUAAAACCUAUGAUAGGUGAAAAUAAAUUAGUAAUUAACGUUGCCAAUAAAUGUGAUGUUAUUGGAAAGGAUACAAAUGAGAGAGUGGAAAUACCAGAAGAUACAUUUGUUGUCUCUGCCACUGCAUUAACCGGCAUCGAUCUAUUACGAUUAAAAAUAGAAAAAGAAAUUAUAUCUGCUGCUAAUCUAAUAUCAAAACGUGUUAGACUAGAAGCCGGUAGCAAUAUCGUAUCAUGGUUUUACAAGGAAGCAACAGUUACAUCUGUCGAGACCGACCCUGAAAAUCCACAGUAUCUAGUAAUGGAUGUAAUUAUGUCACAUGGUGCAUUUCAUAGAUUGAAGAAGUUAUCCAAACAAUAAAAGAUUUCCUUCAGUAUAUUUUUAAGAGAUUUUUAAUUUUACGAGUCGCUCCGAACACGUGUUACGCACGUGUUCUCUUACAGUCGUCACUUCGGAGUACCAGAUGUAGGACUAUCGGAAACUUUAACCGAGGUAUACGUUAGUGGAAUGUACUUUUACAAGUAUCGAACGAAUGUAAUGUUUACGUAAAAAGAAGUUUACCAUCCAUACUACGACUACUACUACUACUACUACUACUAUUAUUUGUAUUUUUUUUAAUAAAAAUGAGUAUAGGUAUCGUUAUAUA